AUGGUCGCUCAUUGCGGGCUACGGCCUAUGAUCGGACUACACGACAAGCCUGAUUGCCGAGGACGCUUCACGACUGGAGAGGACGGUACAUUCGCAUUCAGAGCUGUGAAACCAUUGGCUUACCCUUUCAAUGCGGGUGGACCAAUCGAAGAUCUUCUUAAUGCUCUUAACGCUAUAAAGUACAGACCAGCCCAUCUUCAUUUCAAGAUUGUCGCACCCAAUUUCACGGAACUCGUCACCCAGUUGUAUCUUAAGGGUGAUAAAUUCUUGGAGAUUGAUACUACAUUUGCCGUCAAGCAGUCCCUCAUUGUGGACCCGAAGCUAAUUGCAGACACGUCUGUCACCCUGGCUCGGGGUUUCAAAGAAGCAAAGGCGCACCUUGAACUUGAGCGAGACUUUGUGCUUGUCAGGGAACAGGACCUCAUCAAGCCCGAGGCCAAGGCUUAACCCUAUAACGAGGUAGACAUAGGCAGUUUUCUGUAUAUCUGCGUAAAUGAGCAAAUUUCCGAACGAAUUCGCUGUGAAGUAGAAGGGAUUCAGGUAGAAACAGCAGAAUAUGUGCUCUUUGUCAAUUUAACGCCUCACAAAACCUGUUUUCUAGGCUAUCUCCACGAAGAUAGCCAACUUCACUGAUAGUCAUGCGGCGAUUCCACGGUUGUAGCUGGUAAGAGUCGUGACGAGAUCAAUUCUUCAAUCCUCUGCGGCAGACAGCUAGAAAGGAGCCUGGCAUAUUCAUCUUUCAGUUGUCUCAAGAAAGGAUGAAAUAAGCUGCCUGUCAAUGAACGAGUCGUAGGUUGGGUACAG